AUGCUCUUUGCGGUGAUACUAACUAACCAACUGGACGCUGAUCCAGCGCAGAGUCCAGGCCCGACCCCAAGACCCCUCCUCGGAGAUUACCAUCUCUUAAGCGAACGGCGCCGCUUCCCCAGCCUCUGCCCACACGUGUUUAAGUCUUUCUCUGCUUCAGACCCGGUGGAAGGGCAGGGUGGGUCUUCGAAGUCUGAGAGGGCGCAGGGAGCUGUCCGCAGAUUGGUGCUGAACGGAGACGCAGGGGUCAACUUGCAUCCCCUUCCCCCGCACCCCACGGUGCUGCAUCCGCAAAGGGAACUUUUGUCUAAGAAGUCCCCCGGGACCGCGCGGCCCGGCGGCCAGGAGUGCCCUGGAGGCCGUCCCCAGAGGCACUGCUGCCCAUCGCAGUACAAUAGACAGGGCGGGGGCGAGGGCGGCCCGGCGCCGCUGGCCGCGGAAGAUUUAUGGCACCGCCCGGGUUCCAAGGACUGGCUGCGAUCGCCGCUGCUGCCCGCGUCAGGAGCUGCCGCGGCCGCUGCGCCCCCUUCGCGGAUGUUAGGCGCGCCCGCCCCGCGCUGGCCUCGCCACUCGGGCUGUCCCCGCGCCUUGCCAGUCGCCUCGCUAUGCUCUCCAGGCUUCGGCCUCCGCGCCGGGCCCGCCCUGGGCCUCAGGGACAACCUCACAGGGCACACAUCUCUCUGCCCGGGACCCUGGAGCCCUGCGCCUGCUGAGAGCCUGCGCCGCGCGGGAGGGGCCAGUGGGGCCGCGGCUGUGAGAGCGGGGAGCCCGGGAGCGCGGCUGUGCGCGCGCGCGGGGAGGGGCCGCGCCGUCACCCGGAGAGCCCGGCGGAUCCCCGACUCCCGCCCGCCGCUCCGCCCGCCGCGCACCUCCGUUCACCGCUCGCCCGGCUCCAGCCGCCGCCGCACGGUGAGUACCCGCGCCCGGGAGCUGGCUGACCCCGCGCCGUGUCUCUACAGCUUUUUUCGUUUAGUUCCGAUUUGGGUUCUUGUGGUUGUUUUAUUAUUAUACCUCAAGACUCCAUCGCCUCACUCUGCGCUGCCUGACUCCCGCCUCAUCGCCCUCUCCAAUCUCACCCCUCAAGCCCCAGGAGCCGGGUCUUCCUUCUCCUGGUUCCGGGGUCCGGAGUUCCCUCCUCCCACUCGAAAAGACCCCGAGGGGACUCCAGACCCUCCGCUUGGAGAAGACGCGCUCGGCUCAGGGCUCUCCCUUCACUGCACGCGGGCAGGGCACACUUGCCGAUUUCGGGAAACCGAGAAGACAUCUUCAUUUCCCAGAGCAGCGAGACGGGUCAGGAUUCCUCCCAACCCGUAUGAGUCAGGACAACUCCGCAUGAAGGAUACUCAAAAAAAAAAAAAAGGAUGUCCCCCAAAGAGGAAGCUCAGAACCUAGAGACUGCUUUUGGCCUUAGUGGGAAAGGUAUAUCUGAAGGAGGAAAACUUAGGCAGCGGGCAGCUACAGGCAAAGAAGUGGCUUCUGAGAAACUUCCUUGAGAACCUCUUCGUCCCGUGUGCUGACCCGGAGGGAAACCAGCUUGGGAGCGGCGGCAUGGAGGCUCUCACCACUCAGCUGGGGCCGGGGCGCGAGGGAAACUCUUCUCCCAACUCCAAGCAGGAGCUGCAGCCCUAUUCGGGUUCCAGCGCUCUCAAACCCAACCAGGUGGGCGAGACGUCGUUGUACGGGGUGCCUAUCGUGUCCCUGGUCAUCGACGGCCAGGAGCGCCUAUGCCUGGCGCAAAUCUCCAACACCCUCCUCAAGAACUACAGCUACAAUGAGAUCCACAACCGCCGCGUGGCCCUGGGCAUCACGUGCGUGCAGUGCACACCGGUGCAGCUGGAAAUUCUGCGUCGGGCAGGGGCCAUGCCUAUCUCGUCGCGCCGCUGCGGCAUGAUCACCAAGCGUGAGGCCGAACGCCUGUGCAAGUCGUUCCUCGGCGAGCACAAGCCGCCCAAGCUGCCCGAGAACUUUGCCUUCGAUGUGGUGCACGAGUGUGCCUGGGGUUCGCGCGGCAGCUUCAUCCCCGCGCGUUACAACAGCUCACGCGCCAAGUGCAUCAAGUGCGGCUACUGCAACAUGUACUUCUCGCCGAACAAGUUCAUCUUCCACUCGCACCGCACCCCCGACGCCAAGUACACGCAGCCCGACGCAGCCAACUUCAACUCGUGGCGCCGACACCUCAAACUCAGUGACAAGUCGGCCACGGACGAACUGAGCCACGCUUGGGAGGACCGGGGACUUGGUCUGGCGGCGGGAGCUGGUGGCCCCGCGGGCCCUGGAGGGCCUGGUGGCGGCGCCGGGGUCCGCAGCUACCCUGUGAUCCCAGUGCCCAGCAAGGGCUUUGGCCUCUUGCAGAAGCUGCCCCCACCGCUUUUCCCUCAUCCCUACGGCUUCCCCACGGCCUUUGGUCUCUGCCCCAAAAAGGAUGACCCUGUGUUAGGCGCAGGAGAACCCAAGGGUGCCUCCUACGUGUCGGCCUUCCGGCCUGUGGUCAAGGACGCCGAAAGCAUCGCCAAGCUCUACGGUAGCACCCGCGAAGCUUACGGCGGUGGGCCAGCCCGUGGGCCGGGGCCGGGCGCAGGGACCGGCGGCGGCUACGUGAGCCCGGACUUUCUGAGCGAGGGCAGCUCAAGCUACCACUCCGCCUCCCCCGACGUGGACACUGCAGACGAGCCCGAGGUGGACGUGGAGUCCAACCGCUUCCCCGACGACGAGGGCGCCCCGGAUGAGGCCGAGCCCGGCGCACCCAGCACCGGAGGCAGCCCGAAUGGAGGUCGGGCCGCAUUUGGGGACCUGGUGGCCGACGACAUGGUGCGGAAACCGGAGAAGAGCCCGCCAAGCGGCGGCUAUGAGCUGCGCGAGGCUUGCGGACCGCUGGGGGGCCCCGCGCCGGCCAAGGUGUACGCGCCCGAGAGGGACGAGCACGUGAAGAGCGCGGCGGCGGCGCUGGGGCCCGCGGCGUCCUACCUCUGCGCCCCAGAGGCCCACGAGCCAGAUAAGGAAGACAAUCACUCGACCGCCGACGAUUUGGAAACGAGGAAAUGCUAUCCAGACCAAAGGAGUAUCUCCCAGCCAAGUCCGGCAAAUACAGACCGAGGCGAAGAUGGGCUCACCCUAGAUGUCACAGGAACUCAACUAGUGGAGAAAGAUAUCGAGAACCUGGCCAGAGACGAAUUGCAAAAACUGCUCCUGGAACAAAUGGAGCUCCGCAAGAAGCUGGAGCGAGAAUUUCAGAGUCUCAAAGAUAAUUUUCAGGAUCAAAUGAAGAGGGAAUUGGCUUAUCGAGAAGAAAUGGUGCAACAGCUGCAAAUUGUCAGAGAUACUCUUUGUAACGAACUUGACCAGGAGCGGAAGGCACGCUAUGCCAUCCAGCAGAAAUUAAAAGAAGCCCACGACGCCCUGCACCAUUUCUCCUGCAAGAUGCUGACGCCCCGGCACUGCACUGGCAACUGCUCCUUCAAGCCCCCUCUGUUGCCCUAG